GCCAAGAUGGCGGACAAGAGAGUUCAUUUGAACUAAAAUGCAUAUGUCUGCUUUCGACAACUCUGUGCGGUAGAAGGGUUACUCAGGCUCUCUAAAGCGAUUACAGAGCUUGUCUUCACAUCAUGUUCCUGUGUAGAAAGGAACAGCAAUGUCGCCCUUUUCAAGUUUUCCUGAAUUGCCCAUACUCAGCUGCUGCUUCACGCCCAGCCAGGUCAUCAGGAAAACCAACCCUGUAUGAUGUCCUUGGUGUGUCAGAAAAGGCCACACUGGGAGAAAUAAGAGAUGCUUUCAUCUCAAAAUCUAAAGAGUCGCAUCCAGACAAAAAUCCAAAUAAGCCAGAACUCCACGAAAGAUUUGUGCAGAUCAACAAUGCGUAUGGUGUAUUAAGCAAUGCAAGCCAACGGCGUGAAUAUGAUCUAAGACUAAAAGCCCCAUCAGUUACCAGGCCCCCAGCAGGAAGCCCAUUUGGUCCAGUACCACCCCACCGGCAAUCGACUCAACAAUAUUAUUACGACAGAGCCACAAGUCAGUCCAAUUACAGACAAACAAGAGAUUUUGACUUUGUGUACCAGGCUACCAACUCUUCUAGGAGACAAACUUCCAAUAGGAAGAUUGUUCUUGGUGCACUGGCCUUUAUGCUAAUAGGAGGUGCAGUGGAGUACUUUAUUAUAAGUUCACGUCACGGCAAAUACAAGGCUCAUGCUGAAGAGUCAAGUCGACGAAACCAACAGAUUUAUGCUGAAGUGAGAGAGAGAGCAAGAACAAAUGGUCUUAGAAAGCAGCUUGAAAUUCUUGUUUCUCAACAUACGGGACUGGAUGGAGUUGCUGCAGCUAAGAGACUUCAGGAGUAUUUUGACCAGGAUGGAAGGGAAUAAUUGAUAAUUUGAAUGAAUUUAUUACACAACUCAGGCAGUCAGAGGGCCAAUAACUAAAAUCUUCCAAUCAAAAUGCUCUAUUGCCGGUCAAUAUUCUCUCAGUAUUGGACCGGGCACUGCUGCGCUCGGUCUGUACUGUCAAGACCUCGGGCUGAUAUUCUCCCAAUACAGCCCUCACACUUGGUUAAUAAGAUAUAUUUCUCAAACAUGUCAGGGUCAUUAUGGAAUGAAUCAAGUGUUUUGUUUUCAUUUAACAAUGAACUGAAUUGAUGGGUAUUUUGUUUCAAAUUGUAAUUUAGUUUUGGUUAAGUGGUUAAAGAACCUUAUAUUGUCCAGUUCUGUUUGUAUUUUUACUAGUGAUUAACAAAUCAGACUCUUGCCUAGCAGACAUCUAAUUGUGUUAAUUACUUAUAAAUGAUUAGUGACAAAAUUUGAUACCACUUGUUUCUUGAAAAUGUUGCACAGGUUGCUUGGACUUGAGAAAAGGAACAAAAAGUAUUUUUGCUGUUGUUUUAAGGAGAGGGUGAAAAUUGUUAUGACAUGUAAUUACUUUUCAAAGAAUAGUACUUUUUCAGGUGUUUCAAAAUAGUGCCAUUUACCGGUACAUAUUGGUUUUGUGAGUUUGUUAUUAUGGACAAUUGUAAAUAUUAUUAAACAUGUUUCAGUUUUAAUUGAGCUAAAAGUA